AUGUCCUCAGAUACUUCAGACACUGCAAUCUUGAAUGAGGAAAACGAUUCUUUGAUUCAUGAAACUGGGUCCUCAAUAAUGGAGAAUUUCAAAUCUCUGGCUGCAGGCGGUGUCGGUGGCGUGUCAGCCGUUGCCACGGGACAUCCUUUCGAUUUGGUUAAAGUCAGAUGUCAGAAUGGUCAAGCAAUCAACGCUAAAGACGCAGUUUUGCAAAUUUGGAGUAAUUCAAAAGGUCAUGGGUUGUUCCCCAUUAAUUUGGUAAGAAACUUUUACAAAGGUGUCAUACCACCAUUGUUGGGAGUGACGCCAAUCUUUGCCGUCUCAUUUUGGGGUUACGAUGUCGGUAAGAAAAUAGUCAGUUACAAUAAUAAUUAUUUGACAAAUCUGUCCACUUCACAGAUGGCCGGUGCUGGGUUCAUUAGUGCCAUUCCAACAACUCUAAUUACGGCGCCCACGGAAAGAAUUAAAGUCGUUUUGCAAACUUCAAAAAAUAAGCAGAGUGUCGCUACAGCCGCUUCUAAGAUCUUACAUGAUGGUGGGAUCACUUCUCUUUUCAAAGGUUCGUUAGCAACGUUAGCAAGAGAUGGUCCAGGUAGUGCUUUGUAUUUUGCAUCAUAUGAGGUUGUUAAGAAAAAAUUGAAUAAAGAAAGUGAUCAAUUGAGUGUGAAGAACAUUUGUCUUGCCGGGGGGAUUGCUGGUAUGUCAAUGUGGCUCGUUGUUUUCCCCAUUGAUACAAUAAAGACUAAAUUACAAGCGUCAUCUACAAAACAAUCAAUGAUUAAUGCCACCAGAGAGAUAUAUUCAUCAAGAGGUGGUAUAAAAGGGUUUUUCCCGGGUUUGGGUCCCGCCUUAUUGAGAUCAUUUCCUGCAAAUGCAGCUACAUUUUUAGGCGUCGAGUUGACACAUUCAUUUUUUAAAAGAUAUAACAUCUGA